AUGUCGAUGUCAACUUGGGAUACUCUCGCUUCCAACAAGCGUAAAAGUCUACUGGACUCCCUCGCGGGUUUGCUUGUCCCCGAGGAUCAGCUUCCACCCGAUUCUCAGCUCGAGGUCAUCAAUUUUCCGGAUCAAUCGUCCUGGUUUACGGAUGAUGAAAGGAAAAUUACCGAAGCAACAGCUUCUGACCUGCUUUCGAAACUUGCUUCCAAAGAACUCAAGUCUGUGGCCGUCACGCAGGCCUUCAUUAAGAGGGCCGUGGCAGCGCAACAACUAGUAAAUUGUCUUUCGGAGACAUGUUUUGACCGUGCCCUUAAUCGAGCUAAGGAGCUAGACAAAUAUCUUGACGAAACAGGGAAGACAGUCGGACCUUUGCACGGCAUUCCUAUUUCUUUAAAGGACACUUUCAACCUCCUUGGGCUAGACGCGACUGUUGGGUUUACCUCACAUAUAGGCGAUCCAGCCAAAUACGAAUCUAUACUUGUUGAUAUCUUGAUUAAAGCCGGCGCCGUUGUUUAUCUGAAAACAAACGUGCCUACCGCUAUGAUGAUUGCAGAAACUGUGAAUAAUAUCUUCGUAAGAACCGUUAACCCACGCAAUCGGGACCUUACGAGUGGUAGCAGCUCCGGUGGAGAGUCGGCUUUGGUUGUUUUUAAGGGAAGCCCGUGGGGUGUUGGGACGGAUAUUGGAGGCUCGCUCCGCAUCCCGGCGGCGUGUACCGGUAUCUUCUCCUUACGGCCAUCCUUCGGACGGUUUCCAACGCUACGCUGCCGUUCUGGUAUGCCCGGCCAGGAAGCUGUCCCAUCUGUGAACGGGCCUUUAACCCGCAACUUAACCGACCUUGAGCUUUGGUGCAGAACGAUCGUGUCUGCGGAGCCAUGGAACGUAGACUCCCGUUGCCUGCCUAUUCCGUGGCGGACCGUGACGCUACCCAAUAAGCUCAAGAUUGCGGUUAUGUACAACGAUGGGAUGGUGCGACCGACGCCACCCGUAAAAAGGGUCUUGGAGGAAACAGUCAGCAAACUUAGGGCCGCUGGUCAUGAAAUCGUCGAGUGGUCUCCCGAGGACCAGUCAAACGGCCUAGAUCUGCUGAAUAGCAUGUUUUAUGCCGAUGGCGGCAAGUCUAUCCGAAAGGAACUGGAGCAUACCGGGGAACCAUGGCGCCCUGAGCUAGCACCGUACGAGAAUGCUCGCGAGAUCGGUGGAUACGAAUAUUGGCAGUUACAUCUCGAACGUCAAGAUUUUCAGAAGAAAUACCUGGAUCGGUGGGUAACAGCCGGCAUAGAUGCCAUCUUAUGUCCGACAACUCCUUACAGCAGCGUGGAGAAUGGAAAGUACAAACACGUUGCUUAUACCGGCGUCUUCAAUGUUGUCGAUUACUCCUGCCUAUCGUUUCCUACUGGCUGUGUCGUUGAUGCGUCGAUUGACCUCCCGUACCCGCCUGACGUUCUGCCAUUAUCAGACCUGGAUAAGGAGAUUCAGUCAGAAUACGACCCAAAAAUUGUUGACGGGAUGCUAGUGAGUCUACAAUUAGUGGCAAAUCGGCUAGAGGAGGAGAAGUGUAUCAAGAUGUGCCAGAAAGUCCUGGAGGCUCUGGGUUAG